AUGCGUCUGGCGAGCGCCGAAGCGGUGAUCGACGUCGACCACACCGCGCUUCCGCUCAGGAACGAAGGAUACUUGUAUCGCGUUGCGCACGGACCGUUCGUUCCCGUGCGAGCAUCGGCGUCGGUGAAAUCCGAAAUCAUCGGUCGAAUGCACGAGGAUCGACUAGUUCGCGCGCGCGCGCGCCGCGGGGAUUGGAUCGAGCUGCGCGAGGACGGCGUCGCGGGAUGGAUGCUGACGCUGCAUCCCGAGUUUGGGCGACUACUGAAGCGAUGCAACGCGGACGGGAGCGAUAUUAUUCACGCUACGUCGGAGUGA